AUGUUGGUAUUGAGAUGUAAUGGAAUGAAGGGCUUUCAUGCUGAGAAGGAGUUCCCUUCAGAGUUGAAUGGCCUUAUCAAUCAAUUGGACUAUAAAUAUAUAUUGUAUAAGUUCAAUGCACAGAUCACCAGUCUAAAGAUUAGCUUAAUAAGAUUGUUCAUUACCAAUAUAAUCUCUGCCAUUAUCUGUAUUGUCCUCUACAUCAUCUCCAAACUACACAUAUCAUCACAAUGGCUCAACCUAGAGAUCACCGCUGGCAUUGGUCUCUUUGGUCUAGUCCUAUCAAUGUGGGGCAUUCAUGCACUUAACAAGAAGAUUAUGAAGAACUUGGAAGGUGAUGUAAAGGAUCUUACAAGUAGAUAUAGAGAAGAAGGUAUUCAGUUCUCUGUACAGGAUAAGCCAAAGUCUGAUAAUGAGAAUGGAUUCUCAAAGUUGUUGUGUACUGCUUCAAACUACAACAUUGAACUUCAAAUUGGAUCCUCAUCAGGAUCAUUUGACAAACUUCAUCAAGACAUAUCAAUAAGGAUCAAUCCAAUGGCCAAUGAUAAGACUCCUCUAAUCAACAACUAA